AUGUCCUCGCCACGGUCACCCCCGAAGAGACGCCACAACGUCUCCCAAGCCUGCAUCAACUGUCGACAGAGGAAGAAGAAAUGCGACGGCCGGCCUCCGGUAUGCUCGUCUUGCGCCGCCUACAAGGACGAUUGUGUGUGGACGACCAAGACAGACUGGCGGCGGGCCGUAUCGCGCACCGAAGCCAACUUGCUUCGGCAGCGUGUCGAUGAAUUGGAGGCUCAACUGCGGAUCCAGAACGCAGGACAGAAAGAUGGGGGCAGCAGCACCGAUCCGUCGUCUUACCAGCCCUCGUCAUCACAGCAGUCUCAUGCGCCACGGCCGCAAGAUAUUGCCGGACCGAAUCAGCAGGCGUAUUUCGAGCAGUCGCAUGGCGUGUCGGGACCUUUCCCUCCUGUCGGGGCUGGGGUGUCGUUUCGACCAGACAUGGGGGUCGGGCAGGCUGGACCGUCGGGCCUCGCUCCACCGCGUCCCAACAUGGGACGCAGCACCGAGGGUGUCCCACAGUCGACGUCUAUUUCACCUCGGACGCAGGCGUCGCGCAGCGGGGCAAGUUCCACCAACCCACAAGUCCAGCCACUGGAUCUGCACGGCGACAUCGACGAUAUGAUGGUCCAAGAUGAGAGGGGGAGGCUACGACUACACGGGCCACAGUCAGCCUUUCGCCACUCCAGAAUGCCUGAACCUGCUUCUGAACAACGGCAGGAACAGGCUGGGUUUGCGCGUUUCCUUCCAGACUUUUUCUUCACACGAGAACAACACGACAUAGCCCUUGACCGGUUCCUGCGCUACUUUGGAUGCUGGGCUCAACGCGUAACGCCACACCUUUUCUAUCGCGAUAUGGAAAUUGCGCAGUGGACCGAAGUGUCCGAGCUCCCAGUCAUGGCACCGAAUUACUCGCCGUUGCUACACAACUAUGCUCUCGCUGUCGGCCUUGCGUUCAGUGACGAGGAACAUCUCCGUGCACAAUCGACGCGUCGGCUGUUCGCAAAGGAGGGAGACAGUACUCUGGAACGCGAAUGCUCGACGCCGUGCGUCGGGACAGUCCAAGGACUAGCGGUCCGUGCGAGCUGGGCCAGCACCAUGGGCGACUACUCGCUUGGCUGGGUACACCAGGGUCUGGCUACGCGUGUGUGCUAUGCGCUCGGCCUCAACGUGGAUACAAGCUCUCUUGUGGCUAAGGGCAAGCUCGACCACGAGUCGGCUGUCCAGCGCAACGUCACGUUCUGGACAUGUUACUGCCAGGAGACGUUAUGGUCGCAAUACAUUGGGCGUAAACCUGUUUUGAUGGAGUACUCUGUCCCGCUCCCAACCGCCGACCCCGCCACGGAUGCAACGCUGUGGAUGUGGCCUCUGGGCGCACACCAAGCACUUGCGCCGCAGAAGAGCUACCUCAGCACAGCGUUCAUCCACACUGUCAUCCUUAUUCAGGCGUGUACUGAAAUCACGCGAACAAUGUACGCUGGCCGAGCGGACAAGUCGGCCCUGGUGGAGAACGGCACUGUCGAGCGUUUCAGCGACACACUGGACCGCAUUUUGGAAGACCUGCCUAGUGAACUUUCUGUUGAUCCAACCAAGCCCGACCCUGUGCUGCCCCAUAUCCUAAUGGUCCACCUCACCUUUUCGUGGACUGUGGUUCUCCUCUACCAGCCCUUCUCGCAGGUCACGCGGGCUGUGCCCGAUGGUGAUUUCGAGAGGAUUGGCCUGAUUGCCAUGACGCGAUGUCACCAGGCGGCAUUGAGGAUUGUGCAGCUCGCGGCCGUAUGGGACGAACAGCAUUCACUGCGCUUCACGCCGCCGACCCUGUCGGCCAUCAUCUACUCUGCCGGCACGAGUUUCCUGCUUGCUGCCGCACAGGCUGGCCUGCCGUCCCAGACCGCAGCGGCGAUGCAGAAAGUACACGACUGCCUGGGCUUUCUCGAGGAAAUUGGACGGACAUGGAAGGCGGGCCGCCAACAGGCCGCGGUCCUGCGCGGCCUGUUGAACGAGUGCGCCCAGGCCACCCGCCAGGUCCCCGCCCUACUGGGUAUCGAGCGCGGCUGGGAUGGGCCGCAAACAGAGCAGCCCUCGUAUCACGAACCAGAACCAGGAUGGACGGCGGGGGGAGACGACUCGUUUGAUGACUUUGUCCGCUCGUUGUUGGACCAGCAGACAUUCCCGCUCGCGGGGUAUGACUCGAUGCCGAUGAACGGGUUCUUGAAUUAG